AUGACGUCCCCUUCACAGAGUGGCUACUUCUUUAAAAACAGAUGGUCUUCCUCCUCCUGUCAGACGGGAAACUUCUUCAGUGCGGACGCCAUCAGCAGAUGUCUGAAGGGAAGGAACCUGAAACUCAUGGGAGACUCCACUGUGCGCCAGUGGCAAGAGACACUCAUUAGAGUGCUAAAAGGGCUGAAAUAUGUAAAACCAUAUGAUACUCAUUACUAUGCCCUGGUUGCGGACCCACAAAUGAACUUCACCGUCCAGUGGAAGAUGCACGGACAUCCUUUCGUCACUGGCUACAACGUGGUCAAAGAUGCCGUGGGGUACGUUUCCAGAGAAGCAGACAGAGUAGAGGUUAGCGACGUGGUGGUCAUUGGAGUGGGACAGCAUUUUAGGCCCUUCCCCCUGGAGAUCUUCGUCCAGAGGCUGAUCAACAUGCGUAAGGCCAUCCUGAGGCUCCACAAACGCAGCCCCCAGACCCUCGUCAUCAUCAAGCUGGAGAACACCAGGGAGUUCAACUCAGAUAUGACCCACCUGAGUGACUGGUUUGGCUACGUUCAGAACCUGGCUCAGAGAAAGGUGUUCAGGGGUGGUGCUGGUAGACGCUUGGGACAUGACAACAGCCGCCAACACCUUCGCCAUCCACCCUAA